CCCUAGCAUCCAGCACACAAGUCAUGCCAUACAAUUCACAAGCCCUUUCAAGUCACAGGCACUACACCCAACACCCAAACCCCAAGCAUCGCCAAUGGCUCACUACCAGGAGGUGGACUACAGCUCGGAGGAGGUGAGGUCGGUGGCGAGCCCGGCAGGCUUCGGCCGCCACGGCGGCGUCCAGCAGCACGUCGUCAAGGAGAAGUUCGAGGAGGUCGACAAGGUCUCGCGCACCGGCCGCCACCACGGCCACUUCGAGGCGCGCGAGAGCAAGUUCGAGGAGGACAUCAACACCCGCACCGGCGAGUUCCACGAGCGCAAGGAGAACUUCGCCGUCAGGGCCGACGACUAACCGGCUUCACGCGAGCUCCAUCAACGAACACGUAUCUGCUGGAUCUGAGCCACGUGUCACGUAUGCGCGUGUGUGCUCCCCCAUAUGUACGAUGCUAGUAUAAGUUUGCGUAUACCGUAUCCGGCCGGCCGGGUAUGUAUGUGUGUACGUACUUUGACGGUGGUGUGUGUGCAUGCACGCAGCCUGUGUACGAACUACGAAAAUAAUAAGCUUGUGAUCUAAAUGAAUAAAAGCUUGUGAUGUGAAUCGGACCACAUCCAGGUAGAUUGUUGUACUCAAA